GAAUCAAAGUCACUGGCAAGCUAGAUAUUGUUUAGUUGUUUAGACGCGCUCGCACAACCAAGUCUCCCUUCACCUCAGUCUAUAAAGGGCACACCAUUUGAGACACAGCACACCCACUCACUCUGCUCACUCUCCCAUACCACCAAAAGCCAUGGGGCAGGCUAGGGCUCACCUCCUAGCCUCCCUGUGGGCUUUCUACCUCAUCCUAGCAAUCUCCAUGGUCACUGGCGACCUCACCAAUGACCUCGACAUACUGUGGGGAAACUCAAAGGUGUUCUAUGACAACUCCGGCAAACAGACUAUCUCACUGACUCUUGACCGCUGGACGACCUCCGCAUUCCGGUCGAAGAGCACAUACCUCUUCAGUAGGAUCGACAUGGACAUCAAGCUCGUUGCUGGAGACUCAGCUGGAACCGUGACUACUCUUUAUAUGAUAACAGAGGGCCUAUGGCAAUUCCACGACGAGAUUGACCUUGAGUUCUUGGGGAACUCCACUGGCGAGCCGUACACCCUGCACACUAACCUGUAUGCCAGAGGGAAAGGUGGCAGAGAGAAGCGGUACAAGCUCUGGUUUGAUCCCACUGCAGACUUCCAUACCUACACCAUCAUCUGGAACCAAAGAAAUAUCCUAAUCCUUGUUGAUGACAAGCUGAUCCGGCAGAUCAAGAACAAUUUGAUGUACAGUGUCCCGUACCCAACCUAUCAGCCAAUGAGGGUAUAUGGCAGCAUCUGGAAUGCCGAUGACUGGGCAACAAUGGGAGGGCGGGUGAAGACUGACUGGUCGCAGGCGCCAUUCACAGCAUACUUCCGGAACUACAGGGCUAUCGCUUGCCCCCCACAACAGAGCUCCCCACUCUGCGGCCAGAGCUCCGGAAAUUGGUUCAACCAGGAGCUGGACGUGACACGGAAACAGCAACUACAGGAGGUGGAUGCCAACUACAAGAUCUACGAUUACUGCACUGACACCAAGAGGUUCAAAGAUAAUCUCCCCAAAGAGUGUACGAUAAACUAGAAGUAAUUCAAUUAGCAGAUAGAAAGGGUGAGAGGUGUAUUGGAUGAUUCGGUUCAUUCUUUCCAAGUAUGAACAGUAUAACAAAUGUAUUGUCCAUUGCAUUCUUACAGAAGAAACCUAAAUCUUCCUUAUUACAA